AUGGCGACACGCCCUGUGUCGGCACAGGAGUGGUUCGACCGUUUGCCACACCUCCUGUCGUCGCAGGGCUGGGAGAUUGCAAGUGAUCAUCACGACAGAUUGUCCCACUGCCUUUGCCCAUGGGGUGGAAGACUGAUCAAGAUCACGUUGGAUGGAAGCUCAAACAGUCCAGAACUCAAACGAAAAGAAGAUGUAUUUGUGCCUCCUUCCCUGCCCUCGCAUGCUGGAGGUAUCGCCAUCGAAGAGCCCCCGAACGACAGCUCCAACAUCCUGGUUCGACCAGAGGUUCGUGCUCAAUUUGACGGUGAUUCUGAGGAACUGGGCCCCGCCCCCAAUGAGAGCGGCUUGGUGCUUGUGAACCACCUGGCGCCCGGUGAUGCCCUUAAACACGCCAGCUAUACCCAUUCCCAAGAUUUUGGUGAGAUCCGGGAUGUCCUCCUGAUCUGCCGACCCACACGGAUGCUCGAUGCUUGCGACGUCCUGGUGGUCUUAAGCGUGCAGGAGGAAGAAUUCUACACCAUCCUCGCCAUUCAAAGUUGGCAACGAGGUCCUCCAUUCCUCCCAGCGGCUCGGAAGCAAAAGCCCACGGUGACCAUUGCUGCAGGAGAGCAGCUUGGAUUGACGGCAUGGACUCGCUUCAAUCCGACUGGAGAGAAGUUCAUGUUUUCGGAAUAUUUGGAACUUUUUCUGGAAGCCCUGGGCGAGAAAAUCGACGUCUUCAACACACUGGACGGCCGACAGCUGGUGCCCUACCAAGCAGCCGUGCUGCAGCGCCAGUGGUCCAGUGUUCGCUUCAUGUUUGGUGAGGCCUUCUCCUUGCAAAAGACAGCGUAUAGACGUGCCAAUGGUGGCACGACGGCACCCAACGUGCAUGAGGAUGUAAAGCCCCGCUUCUUGCCGCAGCCGCCGGGUGCACAGAGCUUGCCUGAGGAAACCCGACCGCCUGCGACGCACAAAAUCGUCGUGCGGCGAACCUUUCUCGAAGUAGAGACUGACGAUGAGGAUAUCGACUUCGAGUGCUCUGAAAGGCACGGACGUCGGUAUGGCACGGACUCUGUCCUUUGCACGGACAGAAUGAUCCCGUGA